CCGUGGCUAGACUCUUUCGAGCAGAGUUGAAGUUAGACUUUAGAAGGAAGAAAAUCCUCAUGAGGCUGUCAGUUCUCACCAGAGAACGGACUUUGAAAUGCUGACCCAUGUACCCCCUCACGCCCUUUGCUCCCCACUUCCCUCACGGGCUCCUCAGGGACUGGGUCAUUCUGGAUCUUGCCAUUUUCUGCUCCUGGCUUCCGCUGCUCAGAGACUAUGGAGCUGUGGGGGCAACUGAGGCAGGCGGGACUGGUGCCCCCGGGGCUGGGCCCCCCUCCCCGGGCCCUGAGGGAGGUCGUCCCGGUGGGGAGAGCUGGCCAGACCUUCCUGUCCCCAGGGGCAGACACUGCAGGUGCCAGGGAGUGUGUGCUGUGGAUCUGGGAGGAGCUGGAGAACCUCCGCCAAGUGGACCUCCAGCUGCUGGGCCGGCUGUGCAGUCUGGGGCUGGAGAUGGGGGCGCUGCGGGAGGAACUGUUCACCUUCCUGGAGGAGGAGAGCCUCAUCGAGGAAGAGGAGGAAGAAGAGGAGGAAGAGCCUGAGGGGAAGCAGGAGGAGGGACACCUGGGGGCCUUCGGCUCAGCCCUGUACCACCACCCCCCUGACUUCGAGAUGACCAUCUGAGGCCCUACCACCCUGCCACAGCUUCUGAGUGACACAGGAAUGAGAUGCAAAUUUAUGCAAAGGACAGAGCAUUUGCAGUUAGAUCUACCUGACCUGCCAGGGGGCUCAGGAAUCAACCUGAGCAGAUGCACCCUGGGAAGCCCUCUGUCCCCAUCUGGAUGGAGGGGCUGGCUGGUGAGCUCUGGGGCUCCGCAGCCCGUGUGGGCCGUCUACAGGUGUACUUGCCAAGGAACUGCAAGUGUGUUGCAGGGGACCUGUGGGUCUUUGCAGAGAGGGUCACCUAUAGGUGACCAAGGCCACCCAGCAUGGUGGCCUGUGCCUUGGGUGGAACCACAGAGCACAUUCCAAAGGCUUAGUGUGAUAAAAAGAAUAUAGAACGGUUUGAUAAUCUAAAACUUUUGUUGGAAUGCUAGUAUUUCCUGCAUAAUGGGAUAAAUAAAAAUAUUACUAAAAUG